UUUUUGGUGCGCAUUCGCAUUCGCCGAUCUUCCUGAGCGCAGCUUCAACAUGGCUGAUGUGACAGCAGUGGACGGAGACAAACUCAGCAAAAAGUUUGUCUGCUGGUAGCUCAGCAUGCUGUGCCUGGUCAGAGCAGCCAGGCAGCAGCUGUGCCACGCCUUUGGGGUCAGGGGACAGUGGUUAAAAUGUGCUUCCCCAUUUACAGCCACUAUCCCAGUUCAAAAUUAUGGGAACCGUUGGACAGGUGACAAAAGUGAGCUGAAGAGACGAAUGAAAGCUGAUAAGAAGGCAGCAGAGAAAGAUGCCAAGGUCAAAGAGCAGGUGGAACAAGUGAAGGAAUCCAACGACCAGGGAGCACAAGAUAUCAGUGCAUUGGAUGAGGAGACCCUUGACCCAAAUCAAUACUUCAAGAUCCGCUCCCAGGCCAUCGGUGACCUGAAGGGCACAGCGGAGGACCCAUACCCACACAAGUAUAAUGUAGACCUGUCACUCAUGGAGUUCAUUGAGAAAUACAAUCAUCUACAGCCUGGAGACCAACUGACUGAUGUGGUCCUCAAUGUCUCAGGUCGUGUCCACGCCAAGAGGGAGUCUGGUGCCAAGUUGCUGUUCUACGACCUGCGAGGUGAAGGCGUCAAGUUGCAAGUUAUGGCGAACUUAAGGAACUACAAGUCUGAGGAAGCUUUUGUGGCUAUUAACAACAAACUGCGCAGAGGGGAUAUCAUAGGUGUGCGUGGUAACCCAGGGAAGACCAAAAAGGGGGAGUUGAGCAUCAUUCCCCUCGAGAUGACACUUCUGUCACCAUGUUUGCACAUGUUGCCCCAUCUCCACUUUGGCCUCAAGGACAAGGAAACACGAUUCCGCCAGCGCUACUUGGAUCUGAUUCUCAAUGACUAUGUGAGGCAGAAGUUUGUGACUCGCUCCAAAAUCAUCACAUACCUGCGCAACUUCCUUGACCAGCUGGGAUUUUUGGAGAUUGAAACACCAAUGAUGAACAUAAUUCCUGGGGGAGCAGUGGCUCGUCCAUUUGUCACUUACCACAAUGAGCUGGAUAUGAACCUAUACAUGAGGAUCGCACCUGAACUCUACCACAAGAUGCUAGUGGUUGGUGGGAUGGACAGAGUGUAUGAGAUUGGCCGUCAAUUCAGGAAUGAAGGCAUUGAUCUCACUCAUAAUCCAGAGUUCACCACCUGUGAAUUCUACAUGGCAUAUGCAGAUUACUACGACUUGAUGGAAAUCACAGAGAAACUGCUCUCAGGAAUGGUGAAGCACAUCACUGGAGGAUACAAGUUGACCUAUCACCCCGAUGGUCCGGAGGGGCAGGCCCAUGAGAUAGACUUCACUCCGCCAUUCAGAAGAGUGAGCAUGACACACGACCUGGAGAAGAUUAUGGGAGUAAAAUUCCCUCCUUCUGACAGCUACGACUCUGCUGAGACCCGUAAAUUCUUUGAUGACCUGUGUGCACAGAAAGGAGUUGAGUGUCCUUCUCCUAGAACCACUGCCCGUCUCCUUGACAAGAUGGUUGGAGAUUACCUUGAGGUCACCUGCAUCAACCCCACAUUCAUCAUUGAUCACCCUCAAAUCAUGAGUCCUUUGGCAAAAUGGCACAGAUCAGAGAAAGGCCUAACGGAGCGCUUUGAGCUCUUCGUGAUGAAGAAGGAAGUCUGCAAUGCCUACACUGAGUUGAAUGAUCCCAUCAGACAGAGGGAGCUUUUUGAGCAGCAAGCCAAGGCCAAAGCUGAGGGUGACGAUGAAGCCAUGUUCAUCGAUGAAACCUUCUGUACAGCGCUGGAAUACGGACUGCCACCAACUGCUGGCUGGGGAAUGGGCAUCGAUCGUCUCACCAUGUUCCUCACCGACUCCAACAACAUCAAGGAGGUGCUUCUUUUCCCCGCCAUGAAGCCUGACGACAAUAAGACAGCAGCGCCCACAGAAGGCACCUCCGUCUGAUCACAUGACCUCUAUAUCCUGCUAUCAUAUCAAUGCAGGAGUCUUGGAAUAUGAGCCUUUACCUCAACGUGGUCAGUGCCGUCUGCUGGGUUUGAGUUUUAUUAAUGUUGGUGUGUCUGUUCAAGUUUUGUUUCUGUUAUUAAGGGAAAUCUUCUGGUCUUGGUAACAUGGUUGACGGUUGAUGUUGAACAAUAAAAAAUAAAAAUUAUUUUGUAUUUCUUACACUUUUGCUAUCAUAUUUCCUUACUUGCUUACAUUUUAAUCCUCAUAAUCAGCCAGACAUUAAAUGUCAAUAAAAUGUGAGAUCAGGAUGUUAUGUGUGACAAACUGAUGGCUGCAGACCUGGAUGAAAAACUGUUCUUGAUUGACUGAAAACAUAUUUACCAUAUAAUUACAGAGGUCUAGUAUCGUUCUGAUUUUAAUCAUUCUUAAAAUGAUUCAUAAAUUUUUAACCAGCUAUCAUUGUCUGACAUUUUUCAACAUGGGCUCCACAAUGUGUUUAAUUGCUCAGAAGUAUACACAUGAAAAUGUCUGAAUAAAGUGCAUCUGAAUCUACUUAA